AUGCAACUGAAAUCUGUUGUAUUUACCUGGAUCUCUUUGCUUAUAUCAUGUAUUUUUCGGCCUUUUGCUCACGGUGGAGCGCCCGCCCACGUUAUCGGAACAGGGGAUGAGGCGUUGGCAUCCAUUCCUGCUGAGGCAGUCUCACGAAUCCAGAAAUUUCUCUCCGGUGACGAACUGAUGCGGCGCAAAGCUCAGGCGAAGCAACGACUUCAGCGAUUUCGGACGGAAUUCGAGCAUGCUCAUCCCGACAGCAGGCCCCACGACAUGCUUCCUGCGCUACUGGAGUUUUUGGCAGGCACGAUCGCCGAGCGGCGUCCGAGGCACUCUAAUCCGUCCAAGCUGGCACUGUUGCACCGAAGCAUGCAAUCGACGGUAGCUCAACUGAGCACAGCCUCGCCUGCGUUUCAGCCCAAAAAAAGCUAUCUCUGCGCGCCACAGUGGGCGCCCGGAUCUUUUCUGCGCGCGAAACACCGAAACGCGGAAACCGGUCGUGUACUGGAGGACUGGGAAUACAGCGGUGGCUUUCAAUCGUGGACAUUCGAGGGACUACCAACUCAACUCACAACGCCGAUGUGGGCAGACCAAUUUCCGUUGGUGUUCGCACAGGACGUAGCCAGCGAAUGCAGGCUCCGGCAGGCAAUGUCGGAGAUGAGAGAGCGAGCAGCAGAAACUUUUUUCUCUACCGUUCCUCCCGUCGACCAGCUGAGCGCCACUGUAGUCGACAGACAACUACACCAACAGGUAGCGCACCAAUCUCCCGACCGCCUUGCUCACGCGCGACCGACGUCGCAGCGACCUGCUGGGGCAGGAACUUCAACAGCAGCAAAUGAUACCAUUGCGGAGCAGUCGCAUAGUCCCGCUUUCGUCGGUUCCAUGAUGAACUACGCCCUGCACGUGGAACAAGAUCCGACGUGCUUCGGCGCAACGCCAUGGACGGUAGAAGCACUACUUAGGCUCGUGAGACAGCCCCAUUACUACAUUCCGCGAACGUGGCUGGUCGCCGACGCGGGCGGAGUUUUCACCCUGAUUAAAUGCGGUUCGCGGAGUCGGAAUGUGUUUCUUGAUGCACACACCAUCGACGGCUGCGAAGCUACAGUGUGCUCCAUCCUCAGAUAAGUAGUUGGCGCGGGCCUACUUCCAUGGGAGAGAAUCUGGGGCCGGGGGUGCCGACAAAUGGCCAAAGUGAUCUAGUCUGAGCAAUCAGAGGCACCCGCGAUUUGCUGGGAAGGACAGAGUCAUCGCAAGGGCGCAUUUGUGCAAUUAAUCUCAUCUGACUACUCGGCAUUGUUUGCGAAAAAGAAAAGCACAUAUGGAACGGCUUUGAUUUGCCGUCUUGGCAACAUUGUCCCUUCGGGACCUUAUCGAUCUCUUGCAGAAGGAAGCAGUGGCAGUGUCGAUCUGCGCUUCCUUGUACACGAAAAGAAAGAGUCAAAUUGCGACGAUGUCCGCGGUGCUUUUCUGCGUGAAUGAAACUAUCGGCAAUUGAUUAUGUGUUCGUCACCUUGCGGAUAUCUUGUUUGAAG